AUGCCCAACAAUCCUAACCCUCGCCUCCUUUCCGAUCCCAACCUGGCAAUCUGUCCCGACUUCAGCAGUGAUGCAUACGAUAUCAUUCGAGCAGCACUGACCACUCAGAACUCGGGGAUAACAGACCCGAUUGCUGCCCUCCAGAAGUCGUGGACCGACAACAAUGAAAAGGAGAAAGAACGCUGGGCCAACCAGGUGGCCGCUGACGAAGCAGAGCGCGCAGAACAAGAGCGUCUACGCCGGGAGGCAGAAGAUCAGGCGGCAGCAGCAGUAGCUCAAGCCGCAGAAGCCGAAAAACUUGAAGCGGAGAAGAAAAAGCCGAAGCUAGGCGAUUUUAACAUCACUACGGCGCCACCUGCACGGCUCGAAACCCGACUUUCUCACUACGCACAGAAGAAACUCGAAAAGAAAGAGUAUGUAUACCUGUGGCCUUUCACACCGAAGGGUCUGGCGGAAACCGAGAUAGCCUCUCUAUCCUCAGCAGACGACAGCUCCACCUUCAAACUCUCCCAGAAUGCCGACAGCGAGCUGACCGUGCUAGCGGGACCAUCAGCAGGAUCUCAUAAGAGUAUGCGCCGAGAUCAAGAGCUUGAGUUCCGCGAGUUCGAACUGGGCUCCAACCGGUACCUAGCAGAGCUCCCUCGGUUCAACUUCCCAGAGCAACACGUCAACGCCCUGGCCGUUUUCUUCUACGACGUCGUCUCCCACCCCAUGCGUGCCCAAGCUCAUGGAGAGCAGAUUCUCCUGAAAUAUGCAGACCGGUACCGUGAAGAGUGGUUCCGAACUCUUGGGACUCCAGCGGCAUUCAACAUCUCUCUGAUCAACGAAGAUGGACUUGAAAGAAUUCGGCAAAGCCGAGUCAAUACCCUCACUAACGGAAACUUUGCCUUCUCACUCACUUCUUGUCAUUUGCCGCUGCCGCUUGCCGUUGCCGUCUGCCUUUGCCGUUUGCCGUUGCCGCUCGCCGUCGAACCGCCUCGCGGUCAUCUGCCGUUUGCCAUUGCCACUCAGGACCAGCACGAUCCACCAACCGCGCCGACCGUACAGAAAGACGGUUUGACCCGACAAGCUCUCGCCGGAGGAACGACGCAAGCUCAUCCGCAGAUCGCCUUUUUCAAGGCAGCGCACACGCAGGAGCCGUUACGUGUGCGCUGUGCCUCGGGCUCCACCCAGACGCGUCAAAGUGCCGCGCAGAAAAAUUCUGGAAUGGAGGUCGAACCAGAUGCACUCGCGAACGAGGCGUGUUGGAAACCCGAGACCAUCGUGUCCUGUGCCUCAACUGGCAGCGAGAAUCCGGUUGCCGGCAACCAGAAUUUGGGAGGAAACACAACCACGAGUGCUCGGGUUGUGGCUCAACCUCUCACGGCGCUUCAGGCUGCGAUCGCCGACAGAAGGCUUAACCCUCUCACCCCUCUUAGAGCAGAAGCUUGGGAAGAUGCGCUCCGUAGAGGCCAGCUCUUCGACAGAUACCCCGACAUCCCAGCAGGGCUGCGGAACGGUUUCAAUAUCUCCAUUCCUCCCAUUUACUCAACCAUUACCCCGGCGAACAGCAAAACUCUCGGGGAGCACCAGAAAGCCUUCUUGGACGUCAUAUCAUCCGAAUUCAGCGCUCGCCGCUACUUGGGACCAUUCAGUCGUCCACAAAUGGAGGCGGAGAUCGGCCACUUCCAAUCAUCACCUUUAUCUAUGGUGCCCAAACCUCACGAAAUUGAAAAGAUGCGGCUGGUCCAAAACUACUCAUUUCCCCGAACCCCCAAGGAAGGCCUUUUCUCAAUCAACUUUUACAUCAAUUCGGACGACUUCCCCUGUACCUGGGGAACGCUCAACGCUGUCUCUUUCAAAAUCUGCAUGCUACCGCCAGGUUCCCAAAUCGGUAUUCGCGACGUAUCAGAAGCCUACCGCAACAUUCCAACCCAUGAGUCUCAAUGGCCGGGGGCGGUGAUCUGGCAACCUCGAGAGAAGACGUUUUUGCACUCGACACAAAUGUCUGCUUUGGAGAGAGCUCAGGAGCUGGAGGUUAUGGGCGAAGUCGGAGAUGGACUCGCUGACAUUAUUCGCUCGAGAGGUUUGGGACCCAUGUCAAAGUGGAUCGAUGACUCAUGCUUCCUGCGAAUACGCCGAGAGUUUCUACACGAAUACAACAAGAACCGCGCCGCAGUUGCAGAGCAUCUUCAAACCUGGGGAGGCCAACAUCAUUCAGCGGGACGCCUUUGGUGGGGUGGGGAAGAACUUCCAGAUGGACGAAUUGAAGAGUAUGAUGAAGAUUUCGCAACCCCGAUCGAAGAUUGGUCAGGAGUAUCUAGCCGCUCUGUCGCUGACGCGGAAUUCUGCUACAACUUCAACGACAUCAACGCAGUUACAGACCCGCUGGGGGUACCAUGGAAAUCCAAGAAGGACAUCCCCUUCAGCGAAGCAGCGCCAUAUACCGGCUUUAUCUGGAAUCUGGCAGACCGCAGUAUCAGCCUCACCCCGGAGAAGGCCGAGAAGUACAGGAAUUGCAUUACAGCAUGGCUCGCAAAGAGGACGCACACACUGCAGGAAGUUCAACGACUGUUCGGGAAGCUCCUGCACGCUUCAAUCAUUAUUCCCGCUGGACGUGCCUAUAUCACGAAACUGGAGUACAUGCUGGGUGUUUUCCAUGAUAAGCCGUUCAUGCCCCGCACUUCCCCGCGAGGAACGAACAGCGACCUCGAAUGGUGGCUACACGCCCUCAACAGACCGCACCUUAGCAGACCGAUUCCCGGUCCCUGUGAAGUCAGCGACACUCAAGCGUACUCAGACGCAAGCUCGGGAGUUGGAAUCGCGAUUGUCAUCAAAUCUCAUUGGCGAGCUUGGAAAUUAUGUCCUGGGUGGAAAACGGUCGGGAGAGAUAUCCUCUGGGCAGAAGCUAUCGGCUUCGAAUUCCUUAUUCGAACCCUUAUCGCGGAAGGAGCUGAGAACCGUCACAUCGCAGUCUACGGCGACAACGAAGGAGUGGUCAAGGGUUGGUGGGCAGGUCGCAGCAGGAACCAAGAAGUUAACGACGUCUUUCGGCGCAUACACGCGAUUUGCGAGAACGCAGGCAUCUCAAUCCGUUCCCGCUAUGUCCCCUCGGAGUUUAAUCCCGCCGAUAACCCUUCACGCGGGGUCUACCCGGACAGGAAUCAGCUGCUCCGCCCUAUCCCAAUCCCGACAGAACUCAAAGACUUCGUGGUCAACAUCGGAGACAGAGAUUUCGACUUACCCGCGGACUCUACGUCCUUCAUCGCAUCACGUCCACGUCCAUAUCCCGCCCAUCUGACACUAAUUCCUUCCCCGCUGAGACCCAUCUGUUUCGCAAGUGACAGGUUGUACGCCUGGUCACCAGCCUCGACAUCCCGCCAGAACAGCAUCAUAUCUACAUCGGACCAGGAGAACAUCAAGCGCGUGCUCUCAUUUGCGUGGCGAGACGGGACACUCGAAACGUAUGGAACAGGUCUCCUGGUGUUUCAUUGCUUUUGCGACACACGUAACAUACCCGAGGCACAACGAGCUCCAGCAAGCCGCGAACUUCUCGCAGCCUUUGUAGCAGCAGCCGCAGGUUCAUACGGAGGUAAGACACUGGAAGGGAUGCUCGCCGGGGUGCGCGCUUGGCACAUCAUUCACGGUGUCGACUGGUUGGCAAACGACUCAGAAUGUGAGGCGCUGCUGCGAGCAGCCAGCGCAUUAGCUCCUGAAACUUCCAAACGAAAGCCGCGUCGACCGUUCACCCUUGAAAUAAUCGAGUUGAUCUGCAACAACCUCGACAAGUCGAAACAUCAAGAUGCGGCAAUAUGGGCGUGCCUCACUAUUGCGUACUACUCAUGCGCGAGACUGGGAGAGUUGGUGGUAAAAACAUUGGCGAGCUUCGACGCUACAAAGCACGUCACCAAAUCUGGGCUGCGAACAGAAACGGACAGGCAUGGACUCGAAACGAUCGCUUUGCAUAUACCAAUAACAAAAGCGUGCCCGACCGGAGAAGACUUAGUCUUUGCAACUCAAAGUGGACCUUCCGACCCGCGAAAUGCGCUUGCACACCAUCUGUCCUUAAAUCUCCCGGAUACCCGCUCCCACCUGUUCUGCUACAAAUCAGGCCGAGCUCGGCGGCCUCUAACCAAGUCGGCAUUCUUAAAGCGCAUUCAUCAAAUUCUCAAAGCGAACAACCUCGACCCGCUUCAAGGCCACGGAAUCCGCAUUGGUUCAACUCUGUUCUAUCUAUUGCGUGGAGUUCCUUUCGAAGUAGUCAAAACAAUGGGACGCUGGCAGAGUGAUGCGUUCCAGCUAUACCUCCGCAAACACGCUCAAAUUUUGGCUCCUUACAUUCAAGCAAAUCCCGAACUGCACGCAGAAUUCAUCAAGUUAUCUAUGCCUCCAAUACGCUGUGAGUCUCCCUCCUAA